GACAGAUCAUCAAGCUUAUGUGCCAAGCCCUUCUCUGAGUACUGAGUUACUGUCCACCAUGUUUUUUUAAGUAUUGACUUAACCCUGUGUUACAGUACAAUGCAACCACAGAGUUUGGCUGAGGACCUGCCUAAACAGGAGCAGGAGGAGGAAGAGGAGGAGGAGAUGGAGAUUUCAACCAGAUCAAGAGACCCUGGUUCUGCAGAACGUGCAGGACUGAAAAGAAAGCAACUUAGCCCUCAGCCAUCUUCAAAUGGACAUUCCCCACAAGAUGAAUCAUUGAGUCCCAUUAAAAAGAAGAAGAAACCUGGCUUAGCCAAUUCGAGUAAAGAGCAGUUGACACUUAGACGUGGUCCCUUUGCUUCUAUGAAGCAGCCAUUCACCAAAGACCUUCUUCAUGUUGUACCACAGGAUGGUCGAAAUGACUUCUAUUGCUGGGUGUGCCACCGGGAGGGCCAGGUUCUGUGCUGCGAGCUCUGUCCUCGUGUCUACCAUGCAAAGUGUUUAAAACUGAACGCUGAACCGGAAGGGGACUGGUUCUGUCCAGAAUGUGAGAAAAUCACAGUCGCUGAAUGUAUUGAGACUCAGAGUAAAGCUAUGACCAUGCUCACUAUAGAUCAGUUGUCUUAUCUGCUGAAAUUUGCACUACAGAAGAUGAAGCAGCCAGGAACUGAACCCUUCCAGAAGCCAGUUUCAUUGGAACAACAUCCUGAUUAUGCUGAAUACAUCUUUCAUCCAAUGGACAUUUGCACACUAGAAAAGAAUGUCAAGAAGAAGAUGUAUGGUUGCACUGAGGCUUUCCUUGCUGAUGUCAAGUGGAUAUUGCACAACUGCAUCAUAUAUAACGGUGAUGUUUGUCUUGCAGCCAAUCACAAACUAACAGCAACGGCAAAGGUGAUCAUUAAAAUCUGCGAGCAUGAAAUGAAUGAGAUUGAAGUGUGCCCAGAAUGCUACUUGGCAGCAUGCCAGAAGAGAGAGAACUGGUUCUGCGAACCUUGUAGUAACCCCCACCCACUUGUCUGGGCUAAACUUAAAGGCUUUCCCUUUUGGCCUGCAAAAGCCCUGAGGGACAAGGAUGGGCAGGUUGAUGCACGGUUCUUUGGACAGCAUGACAGGGCUUGGGUUCCAAUAAACAACUGCUACCUCAUGUCAAAGGAAAUUCCUUUUUCUGUAAAAAAGACUAAAAGCAUCUUCAACAGUGCAAUGCAAGAAAUGGAGGUUUAUGUGGAGAACAUUCGUAAAAAGUUUGGGGUAUUCAAUUAUGCACCUUUCCGGUCACCGUACACUCCCAACAACCAAUUCCAGAUGUUAAAAGAUCCCCAGAACCCAGCAGCAGGGACUGCUAAACCUGAUAAAUAUGAGAAAAUGAAAUUAAACUUUGAUAUGACAGCAUCGCCGAAAAUAGUUCUCAGCAAGUCCAUGUUAAUCAGUGGUCCCAGUAGGAGAAUUUCGCUAACGGAUAUGCCCCGCUCGCCUAUGAGUACAAACUCUUCAGUGCACACUGGUUCUGAUCUAGAAACUGAACCUGCAGAAAAGAGUAUGAAAGCAGCUUCCAGUCACUUCAGUGCAAGUGAGGAGUCCAUGGAUUUCAUUGACAGGAGUACAGCUUCUCCUGGAUCUGUGAAGACGAGUCAAGCUGGCAGUGUGUCGGGCAGCCCAAAACCCUUCUCUCCUCAGUCCUCCACUCCCAUUGCUGCUAAAGCAGAAAGGACUUUGAAAACCCCUCCUACGGGCAGCAUCCUUAACCUAAACCUUGAUCGCAGUAAAGCAGAGAUGGAUCUAAAAGAGCUCAGCGAAUCUGUUUUACAGUCAGCUCCUGUGCUCCUCACUUCACCGAAAAAGCAACCAGUUCGGAGCAGUUUCCUGCUUAACCUCGACAAGACGAUAGAAAGUUGUAAAGCACAACUAGGAAUAAAUGAAAUCGCUGAAGAUGUUGACGCAGGAGCUGAGCACAGUGACUCUGAGGAUUCAGAAAAGUCGGACACCUCUGACAGCGAAUAUGCCAGUGAUGAAGGGCCAAAACUAAAUAACGGGCAAGAAGAGGGAGAGGAAAAGGAAGGUGUCAGGAGUGAGAAGGAUUCGCCCUUUGUGAAAAAGAAGCCAAAGCAGGUAAUGACUCAUGGUGAAGUGAAACAAGAAACCAGUCCAAGUUCUGCUGUGGGAAAAAGUGAAGCAUCUGGACAGGAAAAGGCGAAUGGGGACCCUGACAAAGAACUUGUUGAGAAAAUGAAAAGUCUACAUCAGGCAGCAAAGGAGAAACCAGGAAAUAAAGAUGAGACUGACUCGCCAACAGUGCACUUGGGACUGGACUCUGAUUCCGAUUCUGAGAAUGAACUGGUUAUAGACCUGGGAGAUGAAAGUAAAGAGGCUGUGCGUGAAAGCAAGAAAGGGGAGAAGAGCAAAAAGGAUCAAACUCCUACACCGACGUUGAAGGAAUCACCAGCUGCAUCAAAUACAGAAAGUAAAGCAUCACCCACUUCAACUGUGUCCAGUCAACCAAAAGGUGAGGUUGCUUCUUCAGUCCCCAGUCUCCCAAGCCAGACCCCUUCAACCAGUAUUACAACGACUGCCAGUGUUGUGUCUACUGCCACAGUUCCAGCUGUUGCUGUUAGCAAUAGUCCAAUUAAAAAACAACGGCCUCUAUUGCCAAAGGAAACUGUUCCAGCUGUUCAGCGCGCGGUGGUAUGGAAUCCCUCGACAAAGUUUCAGACCUCCUCACAGAAAUGGCACAUGCAGAAGGUACAAAGACAGCAGCAGCAAGUGCAAGCGCCGCAGCAACAGCAGUCUCAAACCACAGGAACACGAUACCAGACGAGGUUGGCUGUGAAAGCUGUGCAGCAGAAAGAGGCAACUCUGGCAACUUCAACAUCUUCCAUUACUUUGGUUACAAGUAGUUCUUCUACACCUGCGGCAGGUAGCAGUUCAGCAACAAUGAACACAGCUUCCAGUUCAGUCUACAGUUCUGAUUUGCCUAUAGCUACUCCAUCUGCUGAUGUUGCUGCUGACCUUACUAAGUAUACAAACAAGAUGAUGGAAGCGAUAAAGGGAACGAUGACUGAAAUCUACAAUGAUCUUUCCAGAAAUAGUUCUGGAAGCACAAUAGCAGAGAUACGACGAAUGAAAAUUGAAAUUGAUAAACUGCAGUGGUUGCAUCAGCAGGAACUAGCUGAGAUGAAACAUAAUCUUGAGCUAACAAUGGCAGAGAUGCGCCAGAGUCUUGAGCAGGAAAAGGAUCGUAUGGUCACAGAGAUGAAAAAGCAGAUGGAGGCAGAGAAGCAGCAGGCUGUUGAUGAAACCAAGAAGAAGCAGUGGUGUGCAAAUUGCAGGAAGGAGGCCAUCUUCUACUGUUGCUGGAACACCAGUUACUGUGACUACCCUUGUCAACAGGCACACUGGCCAGAGCACAUGAAGUCUUGUACUCAGUCAGCCACUGCUACUCAGCAGGAAACUGAAUCAGAAGUGAACUCCGAUACAUUAAAUAAGAAUGCACAGCAGGUCCCCGCGGUCCAGCAGUCACCAUCAGAGAGCAAAACCAGCCAAAACGACAAGGACCCCAGCACAGAUAAAAGCAAGGAAAAUGUCACAAGAAUGUCCAGAGGAUUCAGUUUACCAACACAAAGUUGAAAUUCGUCUUCAGACUAUGCCAGUUGUGGUGAAUCCAGCAGUCACGGUGCAGCCGGACGCCCAGACCACAAUACCUGUCCAAACCCGGAGAGCCUGAGAGCCUCAGUUCUUGUGGAAAGACAUUUUGAAGAAGGCAGCAUAAUGGAGCAAGACUUUGCAUGGAGAAUUUGUGAAUACUGCCCUAGGUCUCCUAUCCUGAGUGGAUAAAUUCAUUGCUUAUUUGCUUUGUACAUAAUAUACAAAGUUUUUGUGACACUACAUUCUCAUCUAGCAUUACAAAAAAAAAAAAAUCAACAAAAAAAAUUUCAAGCUGAAGUCUUCGGAAUAUGAUCACAUCCUGCAUACCUUUUCAAGAAGUUGUCAAUUCUAAAGCUUCGCCCACCUUGUAUUUCCCUUUAAUGUGGUUUAAUGGAAGAUUCUAGACCCUAGUUCCUGAAAAUGUAGUGAAUUGGGGAAUGUACACAGCAUGCAACAAAAAAAAGCCUUUAGUAGUUGGACCACAGCAUAUAAUAUUUAUAUGUAGGAGUCUGUGAAACCCAGUGACAUAAAAAGCAUGAAAUGGGAGGUAAGUCUUGACAUUUCUAAUGAAGGAGUACAAAGUGGGGAGGUACAUCUCGCUGCUCAUUUUUUUUCCCUCUUCUCCACACGUUAGCAAUUGUAUGCUCUUGGUAUGUCUGAUAUUUGAACACAAGGAGUUUGUGUGUAUAUGAGAUGAUCCUUCCUGUGUUCAGAAUGAUUCCAGUGCUUUUCUGAUGUGUAUAUUUUUGUUUUUUUUUUAAUUUUCAUCCUGGUUUAUAAAAUAAGCAGUUUGUACAGUUUUCAAACAGUCCUGAUGGGUAAAUGUUAUUAAAAUAAAAAGUAGAAAAAUUGACACUAUAGUAAAUUUACCAUUGUUUUUUGAGGACAUGAUUUGCUAGCCUAAACUUGUGAAACAGAAUUGCUUUUAGCAUAUGGAGGUAUUUUUUCACAUUUCUUUGUACAAAGUUUAUAUUAAAAAUAGAAAAAACACAA